GUUCCGUGUGCGUUUCAUUCUGUCCGCGGAGGCCUUUAAACUACGCCCACAUCAUUUCGCCCCGCUUUUAGCACACAGCCACACACCCCAACCCACGGGAACCGAACGGACCUCUGUCACGCAAUAUCUUCAAUCGCAUCUCAUACGGGUCAUGACGCUGGAAGCGAUCCGGUACCGGUCCGGGUCUCUGCAGAUCCUCAACCAGCUGCUGCUGCCGCACGAGACCGUGUUCGAUGAGAUCCGCUCGGUGCGGGACGGAUACGAGGCCAUCAAGAGUAUGAAGGUGCGCGGCGCUCCUGCUAUCGCCAUCGUGGGGUGCCUGAGCCUUGCAGUGGAGCUGCGGGCUGGCGCCGGGGGUGACGACCUCGUUUCCUUUAUCAGGGACUCUCUGUGUCACCUGACGUCCGCUCGACCUACGGCGGUCAACAUGGGUCGAGCCGCCCGCGAGCUGAUGGAGUUCACAGAGAACGAGAGCAUGGAGAAAAACACAGAACAACUGAGAGAGAGUGUGAUUGGCUGGAUUGAGGAGAUGCUGGAGCGAGACGUGAACGACAACAAAAAAAUCGGGAAUUACGGCGCCCAGCACAUCCUGUCGGGAGUUCCACGAGAUUCCGUUACAGUCCUCACACACUGUAACACCGGAAGUCUGGCUACGGCAGGAUACGGCACAGCUCUCGGAGUGGUACGGUCGCUGCACGCACUCGGUCGCUUGAAGCGUUUGUACUGCACAGAAACAAGGCCUUACAAUCAAGGGGCCAGACUCACGGCAUACGAAGCCGUCGCGGAGGGAUUCCCCGCCACCCUCAUCACAGACAGCAUGGCUGCGCUCGCCAUGAGGGAAAAGGGAAUCACGGCUGUCGUUGUCGGAGCAGACAGGGUCGUUGCCAACGGCGACACGGCGAACAAAGUGGGCACGUAUCAGCUGGCUAUCGCCGCUAAGCAUCACGGGGUACCGUUUUAUGUGGCGGCGCCCAGCACGUCCUGUGAUUUGAGUUUGGAGAGCGGUCGUGACAUCGUGAUCGAAGAACGUCCACCCGAGGAACUCACCAGCAUCAAUGGAGUUCCUGUAGCAGCACCCGGUAUCGACGUUUGGAAUCCAUCGUUUGACGUAACCCCUCACCAGCUGAUCACAGGCGGCAUCAUCACCGAGCUCGGCGUGUUCCUGCCGUCCGAACUCCAGGCCGCUCUGACGGGCAGACUCACCGCUCUGUAAGGCCACAGCGCCCCCGCAGGCACGGGUGUAUCACUGCACCUUAACCACCUCUCAGCUCUCUCUCAUCUCUCUUAUGAUGUUUUCACCUCAUUCUGGUGGAAGCGGCACCUUUAAUCACACACAAGCGUCAGCACCGAGGUGUUAACAAGAUAUACGCACGUUCAGUUCAAUGUAACACCUACGACCUGAAGUGGAAUAACACCAUGUUACACAAAUGUACAACCCAGGGAUGCUUGUAAACACACACACACACUCACUCACAAACAUACACAAACUCUUCUCUCUGUCUGUACAGCUCAUGUGACAUCAUCUCAUGUCUUCGUCUGAAAUGUUGUGAAACCUCAUUUUUUGGGGGUUGGGGUUUUAGCGCUCCCUUUUCCCUUUUAGCUCGUUUUUAAUAAUAUCAGGGUGAAUCUCACAAAACAUUUCUGGAUCGUAUUUUACUCCAAAAAUUGAGAGCGGACAAUAAUUUUUAAUAAUAAUUUUGCAAAAAAGUUUUGUAAUGAAGAUAAUAAGCAAAGCUAUGGUAACAGUAACUAUACUCCUUCUUAAAUUCUCAUUCCUAUAAUGUGAAAAAAAUAUAUACAUAAGUAUUUAUGGAUAUAUAGCAGUAAUGAAUGUAAUGUUUGUAAUCUAUCGUUGUAAUGCAGUAUUUUUUAUUGCAAAAUGGUAAAACUUAUUAAGGAUAAUGAUUGAGAAUAUAAAACUUUAAAGUGAAAUUUUAGGAUAAUUUGCUGUUUUAAUUGGUGAUUAUAUUAACUUGCAUUAACUAAAUUCUGAAUAUAAAAUUUUCUGAAUGUUAUUCAUUCAUAAAAUGACCAUUAGCAUUGAACAUUAAACUAGUACAUUUGUUCAAAUUCAUUACAUUUUCCUGUUCUCUUGAUUGACAGGAUAUAUCGGAAUCGCAACCAAAAAAUUGCUUUUUUCCAAAUUGCCAUUGGUGCAUCUCUAAUUAAAAUAUUCAUGCAAAAUAAAAUAUAAUUCCUUGUUUUUUACUCUUGAUUUAAGGUAAAAUGUGACCUAUGUGUUUCUGUGAGAUUCACUCAUCAAAGAUGGUAAAUGGAGUUAUUAGGAACAUUCAUAAAAUUCCAAACCUGUCUUGGGUUUAAAACCGUUCCCAAGUGAACAAAUUUCCUUUAAAGGUCAGACUCUUGGUUAGUUAGAUUAGAUGUGUAAAUCGAUCAAGCUUAGCUCAUUUUAAAUAAGGGCUGUCCUUGAGUGUACAUAUGUACAAUUUAGCACGUAAACGCCAAAUUUAUAGGGGAAGCGCCGAACACAUUAUUGAAUCCAAAUAUGUUAUAUUAACAUUUGGAAGUGUUUCAAUUACGUCCAGAGAUGUAAGGAGUAUGCCACUUUCAAUGCAACGUUAUAUUAUUGCAUGUCUCACGGGUUAUUAAAGUGUUAUAAAUCAUUUUGAAAUGGUUGAUCUACCUUUAAAGGAAAAUUACUUUGAUUUCGAAGGAAUGUUCCAGGUUCGACUUUCGAUCGUAACCUCGGUUCGCAAGAACAAACAUAAAUCAGUUUAACAGUAUUGCACAUCCAUUAUCAUAUGGAAAUGGGACUUUUUUUUGAUUUUCCAUUUUUGAUUGUGUAAACUUGCACAUCUCACGCAAACGUUGUUACUUUUAUAAUGGCCAUGACCAGAGUUUGCACAGAUGGGGCAAUUAUUUUGGGCUGGCUAUGCUAUUCAUUGUUUAUUGCGUGCACGUUCGUUAGUUGUCGUUGUAGUAAACGGAAAGACAAAAUUAUUUUUCAUGGUACUGGGCAUUACACCACUAAUAAUCCACUCAACCAGACCAUUUCUUUAAAUAUUACAUUUUAUUUGUAUAGCACCUUUCAUAGAUAAAGCGCAGCUUAAAGUACACAGAUCAAAGUAAAAUAAAAGUAUUUGGGUAGUCGUAUUUGAUCAACGCGUAUAGAAAUGGUGCUAUGAAGCUAGACGUUAGUCAAUACCUCAGAAGAUCUCCUCUAAUAGUACUUCCACUUUGUUUUGUAGUGUGUGAUGUAAUUCUGUGUUGUAUUUAGUUACACACCACCACAACAACAUGCAUGAUAACACAUACACACAAUCAAGCCUGGGUGUGCUUUUACAUAGCAGCUCAUAGAGGGUACAUGUGACUGAUCUUGGAUCAGACCUCUUCCCGACCUCUAACGCUGUGUGUUUGGGUGCAGAUCUGAUCUGGGAUCAGUGCUGUGAUAUGGUCAGGGCUUCUGCUCCGUGUUACUGAAUGUAACCCUCACUGCCUUACGAGACCAGCACAAACACACCGCCCACUGAUGUCUGAUUGGCUGCCUGAGACGGAGCAACGCCCCAUCUCAGAGCUAUGCUGCCACCUAUGGCUCUUUGAAAGCAACAUAGCAACAAGAUCAUAUACAUCUAUGAAAAUAAACAGGAUUUAUCAAAUUCUUAAUGUUUCACGCAUAAUUUUUUUCUGAUUAAAGGAAUAGUUCACCCCAAAAUGAAAAUUUGCGUAUAUUUUACUCCUCUUCAAGCCAUCCUAUGUGUACAUGACUUUUUUCUUAAAGCCAAACACAGUCUGAGUUAUGUUAAAUAAUAUCUUGACUCUUUUCAGCUUUAUAAUGGGAUUGGAUAGUGCCCCAUUCUUAACCUGACCUCACGGCAUAGUUUAUAAAGUUUGAAUUAUAAAUAUUUCCUUACAAAAUUCAUCGCUUUGCCUCGGAAAACAUGUAAUAACCGUAUGGAUUAGUUUAUGAUGGUUGAGUGCUGUUUUUGUAGCUUUAAAAGUGGGGCACUAUCCAAUGCCAUUAGAAAGCUAACAAGAUCUGUUAUAUAAUAUAACUCAGACUGUCUUUUGCUGAAAGUUAAAAGUCAUGUACACCUAGGAUGGCUGGAGGGGGGUAAAAUAUGAGUAAAUUUUUUAUUUUGAAAUGAACUAUUCUUAAAAUGUGGGUGAUAGCUUCAGAUCACACAUGGUUUUGAAUGGAAAUAUUUAUUUUUAUGGUUUAAUCUGUCUAAGUGAAGAGAUGUAGCAUCAAAACACUCGGAGCAGCUGUAAAUGUGUCAAUUAUUUUUCACCAUUAUAAAAUCCUCUUAUUUUGUCAUAAUACAGCUCGGAGAAAAACAUCUUUUUGACAGAUUAAUUUGAAUAUCGGACUGAAACUAUGAAUGUGGAAGUAUGGAAGAGUCAUUCUAAAGAAGUAUGCAUAUGAUGUAUGCAUUAAAUGUAGCAUUGUUAUAGACCAUGCGUGUAGUUUUGUAAUGUUCUGGAGGUACGAGGUUUUGUUCGACUUCACAUCAUGUUUUUGUUUUUUGACUCUGUGAGCUGUUGAUUUCUUUUAUGUAUAUUUAUACACGGUAUAUCCAUAAAUUGUGAUUCUUGGUGAUGAAACUGUUGUUUAAAAGCUUUUAUUGAGAGGACCUCUAUAGACAGGACAGGCCACUCUGAAAGGUAGAGAAUGAAUUAAUUCUAGUUUUGGAUCUAGAAAAUUCAAAGAUUGCACAGAUUCAACUUACAAAAGUAUUAAAUAAUAAAAAGCUAGAUUUGUUCAGUCUGGCUUUGAAACACUUAACACGCAUGGCAUUGCUCGUGUACUAUAGACGCUAUCUAACAAGUGGCCAGUUUGCAACUAGGCUGUUAAGCCGAAGCUGUGAACUUGCAUAGAUUAUCGGUCAUAGUCAGAAAAUGAUAGCAAUAGAUUGAGUGUUUUUAUUUGACGCCAGACAAUCUAAAUACGGGAAGAUGCAUGCAUAGACAAAGCUAAAGGCUUCAGAUCUGCUUCAUAGUUUUAGUUUGCUCAUAUUUUUUUCAUGUGCUUUAGUGUUGUGUGAUAAACUU